AUGGGUAAAGGUUAUGAGAAUUAUAUGUCAAAAAAAUGGUUUCAUCCGACAAAUAUCGGAAAUAUGAAACGCAUUUAUAUGGCUGAACAAAAAUCAGAUUCUGAAAAGAAAAAACAACAAGAUUUACGUGAACAAUAUGAACGUGAACAAGAAUUAUUUAAUAAUAAACAAAUGAUGGGAGAUGAAAAAGCACGUCUUGGUCUAUCAUUUAUGUAUAAUCCACCAGCAGGUAUAGCCAAAGAUCAAGCACAACAAGAACAACAAGCUCAAGGUGAUGAUGGAAAUUUUGGAUUAAAUAAAGAAGAACCAAAAUUUGAAUGGCAACGAAAUGCACCACGUGAAAGUUGGGCAAAAAAUGAUGAAAAAAUACGUGAUCAACCAUUUGGAAUCGAAGUUAGAAAUGUUCGUUGUAUUAAAUGUAAAAAAUGGGGUCAUAUUAAUACGGACAAAAUUUGUCCACUCUAUGGUAAAUCUCGUUUGGAUACCGAUUCUACAACAUCAUUGAAUCCAAAUGAACCACCUGUAGGUCGUGAGAUACAAUCAACAAAUGAUUUAAUUAAAGAUUUAAAAAAUGAUGGUUUAUUAAUGAAAAAAUGUGUAAUGAUGAAAGAAAAUCAGAGAAGUGGAGAUUUAGAAAGUGAUGGUGAUGAUGAAGAGAAGAAACAAGAAAAAUUUAUUCAAGAAAAAAUGGAAUUAAACUUUUUAGAAAGUUUACCAAGAAAAAUGAAACAUCGACUAUUGAAACGUUUAAAAAAAUUAGAACGACAAGGUCUUUUCACAGAAAUUAAACAAGAACAUUGA